CAGUCGCACGCGCGCGUCUGCGGAGCGGAGACGUUUGUUGUGUGCGUGCGUAUUUUGCGAAAAUGGCGGCUAAUAUUGUGAAAUGUACGAAAUGUAAUAUAGUUAUUAAUGAACUAUUAGCAUUUAUCCAGAACAAAGCUGACGUGAUGGAUGAAGACUCGCUUAUUCGGAUUUGCAGUGACAGUUUUUCGGAUGGUGAAAUAGUGACGGCUAACCAGAACCAAUCUAACAAUGUCAGAUGGGCCAACCAGCUAUCUGUGUCCUAUGGUCUGAAUUGUGGGGUCAGGCAGGGGGGAAUCACCUCACCCAAGUUGUUCAACCUCUAUAUUAAUGACCUGAUAGUUGGACUCAGCAACAGACAUAUCGGUUGCAGAAUUGAUGAUAUCAGUAUUAACAAUAUCAGCUAUGCUGAUGAUAUGGUUUUGCUUAGUCCAACUGUCAGGGCGCUACGGGAACUGCUUGGUUUAUGUGAGCAAUAUGCACGGCAGCACGGUUUGCUAUAUAAUAUUAAUAAAAGCGAGUUUAUGGUCUUUAAGGCGGCCGGCGGUAGGUGCCCAGUCUCUGUGCCUGAUAUCAAGUUGAACGGACAAUGCCUAAAACGGGUGUACUCGUUUAAGUACUUAGGGCAUAUUGUCGACGACCGUCUUAGGGAUCAAGCCGACAUUGAAAGGGAGCGCAGGGCGCUGGCGGUCCGGUGUAAUAUGUUGGCACGUAGGUUUGCACGAUGUAGCCAGCAGGUUAAAGCGUCAUUGUUUAAAGCUUACUGUCAGGUGUUUUACACGUGCAGCCUAUGGGCUAACUAUACGCAGCGGGCCAUUAGCGACCUGCGAGUCCAAUACAAUAAUGGCUUUAGGAUGAUGUUUGGGCUGUCUCGCAGGUGUAGUGCAUCAGAUAUGUUUGCUCAGGCGCAUACUGAUGAUUUCUUUGCAAUCAUGAGAAAAAGAGCUGCCUCUAUGCUCAAGAGAGUUCGCAGCAGUACAAACACCAUCCUGAAAACCAUUUCCAACCGGUAUGACUCGCCCUUGCUGAUGUCAUGGGUAAAACUGUGCAUCACAGGACGCCAAAUUGUGGCAAAAUAAAAAUUUGUUUAUUUUGUAUUUAUUACUAACAUAGCAAGUAAGUAUAAAUUGUUACUAAUAUUUAUGGACUGUUUUGAUGGUCUGAAAUAAAGAUGAUUAUAUUAUUA